AUUACACAGACGGUUAAAAGUAAGGUUAUCGGUUGUGUCAUUUGUACUCUCUCACAAAAUCCUGAACUUAUUCUCCACAAAAUUAUCAGAAUUCUAACAUAAAUUUGGAUCGUACCCCAUCUGUAAAUGUUUCGCAAAAUUGCGGUUGGUAUUUCUGGUGGAGUAGAUAGUGCUGUUGCCGCUUAUUUGUUGAAAAAUCAAGGAUUUAAUGUCAUUGGAGCGUUCAUGAAGAACUGGGAUCAAGUGGAUGAGAUGGGCCAUUGUCCAGGUGAAGCAGAUUGGGAAGAUGCACAGUGGGUGUGCAAUAAGCUCGACAUUCCCUUGGUCCAAGUCAACUUUGUCAAAGAGUACUGGAAUGAUGUUUUUAGUUGUUUUUUAAAGGAUUACGAAAGUGGCAUAACACCCAAUCCGGAUAUACUGUGCAAUCGUUAUGUAAAAUUUGAUGGAUUUUAUGACUACGCUGUGCAACAACUUAAAGUCGAUGCAAUAUGUACUGGCCAUUACGCUCGUUCUUCGUUCGGACCAUUUUUAGAACAUUUCUCAGACACCGCUGACGUUAGACUAUUGACCGCUGUGGAUCCCAUUAAAGAUCAAACAUUCUUCCUCUCGCAAAUGCCUCAACUAGCACUGCGACGAACGAUGUUCCCACUAGGCGAAUUGCUCAAAAAAGAUGUGAAGAAGAUCGCUGCAGAGGCCGGAAUGGAUCGAAUUAGCAGGAAAAAGGAAAGCACAGGAAUUUGUUUUGUCGGCAAGCGCAAUUUCAACGAAUUUAUCAGAGAGUAUAUUGAAGACAGACCGGGAAAUUUCAUCGACUUCGAUACGGGACAGAUAUUGGGCUGCCAUAAAGGACUACAUUACUGGACGGUGGGGCAACGGCUUCGACUAGCCGGAUGUCCGAAACCAAUGUUCGUACACUCAAAAAACACCGCCGACAACUCGAUAAUUGUGACGGCGGGAUCUGAUCACCCAGCACUGUUCACAGACAUUUUGUACACAAGUACACCCUGCUGGAUUGCUAGCAAUCCAUUAGACAAUGGAAUGCUGCGAUGUCAGUUUCGAUUUCAACACGGUGACGAAUUGGUGGAUUGUGUGUUGGUGCAAACUGGAUCGAACGGAUUGUUAGUGAAAUUAGACCAAGCCUUACGUGCGCUCACACCGGGCCAAUACGCAGUGUUUUAUAAAGACGGAGAAUGUUUAGGGUCGAGUAGAAUAACUAAUCCGGGCCCGUCGUUGUAUUUUUGUAGGAACUAAUUGUUGUAAAUCAAACCAACUUCUCAUACACCAAAGAAUGGUGGCUGUGUAGAGCGAAUAAAUGUCACAGAUCUGUGAUAAUGAUUGGGAACUGAAGUGAAUUCGGAAA